AUGUUUGAUCACGUGGUCCUCCCUCUUCAUCUUCCUCAACUGCAUCACCAUCGCUCUGGAGAGACCCGGCAUUCUGCCUCACAGCACCGAGAGAGUGUUUCUGAGUGUCUCCAACUACGUGUUCACUAUCAUCUUCCUGGCUGAGAUGACUGUCAAGAUUGUAGCGUUGGGAGGUUCUGUAGGGCAAACAGAGCUACACGAAGGCAGCUGGAAUGUUCUGGAUGGGAUCCUGGUGUUUGUCUCUCUGGUGGACAUCCUGGUUUCUCUGGCCUGGGCUGGAGGGAACCGCAUCCUGGGAAUCCUCCAGAGCUACGAACACUCCCGGCUACUCACGCCACCACACUCGGCCUCUCAGGUAGGAACACACUACGACCACACUACGACCUCUCAGGUAGACACUACGACCUCAGGUAGGACACUACACCUCUUAGGUAGGACCACACUAGCACCACACUACAACCACACUAUGACCUCUCAGGUAGGACCACACUACUGGCAUCACUACGACCAAUACUACGACCUCUCAG